AUGGAAAACCAUGUGACAUUGACAGAGACUUCGCUAUCAUCUCUGAUCCAACUUUUGGCAAUUGCUUUACCUUUCAAUCACAAUCGCUCGGAUUUCAAGAGCAGUCUGAGAGCAGGACCGAUGCAUGGUUUACGUGUGAUGCUAUUCGUCAACGCGUCGGACUACUUACCAACAUCUGAAGCAGUUGGUGUUCGUCUCACCAUCCACGACAAGAACGAGUUUCCUUUCCCGGAUACGUUCGGCUACAGUGCACCUACCGGCUACAUCUCUUCCUUUGGAAUGCGAAUGAAGAAAAUGUCCCGUCUCCCGGCGCCGUAUGGGGACUGUAUUGCUGAAGGAGCGACAUCGGAUUACAUUUACAGAGACUAUGCUUACUCUACAGAGGGAUGUUACCGCACGUGCUUUCAAAGGCUGAUUAUCGAUAGGUGCGGUUGCGGUGAUCCGCGGUUUCCGUCGAUCGGCGAUCAUAAACUCUGUGAGGUGUUCAACAAGGAGCACAGAGCAUGUCUUGAGCAGAGCACUCAAGAACUCGGUGAUAUCCAUGGAUCGUUCAAGUGCAGAUGUCAGCAACCAUGUAACCAAACGAUCUACACUAUGUCAUACUCGGAAGCGAUAUGGCCAAGUCAGUCGCUUAAUAUUACGCUGGGAACGUGCGAGGAAGAACCGGAAGUGUGCAACGAACAGUAUCAGUGA